CUCCUGUUAUCAUGUCUAUAAAGUAUAAACUACUCCAAGUUACUUAAUGAAGUAAUCUGCAGCUAGUUAACAAAUGGGCAUUGCAGGUCACAUAUCCAAUUAGUACUAAAAAACAGAAAGUUACAUAUGGGUGGUAUGAAGGCUUUCUUGGGUGCUCUUGUUUUACUUAGUUUACUGUGGCUCAUAUUGUAUGGUAUUUUAGUCAAUCAUGAAACUAAAAAUAUCACUGCUACGACGAUCGAUCGUUUAGAUUUUUGGAAGAUAACACAAACUGAAAGGUAUGAUCUUCAAAAGAGUCUUAAUUAUGUGAGCAAAAGAAUUCAAAUCAAUGCCAUACCAAACAGGAAAGCAGGGAAAGGAACUAGGGCUGCCACCAAAAAUGUAAGUGCUAGAGCAAUCAAACAUGUAGAUGUUUGGAAGAUAAUAGAAGCUGAGAAGCAAUAUCUUCAAAGAAAUCCAAAUUUCAAUUAUGUGAGCAAAAGAAGAGUGCCUACUGGACCAAACGCCAUUCACAACAGGUUUAUUUAUAGCUACAUAUACUAUACCAUCUUUUUUAUUUUCAAGAAAACAAACUUUAUAGUUAAUAAAGUUGAUGUUACUUGGUUUUCAGGAAAGUAGGGGAGUAUAGAGAGCCACCCAAACGAGCUUGAGCUUAGGAAGACACUUGAAAGUAUCAUAUUUACAACUUACAUUGCAGUGAAGACGAGUACGAUUUUCUUAAAUAUUUUGAAUUAUUAACUAGUACAUAUACUUUUUAUGUUUGUUUCAUAUUUCUGAUGUAUCGAUGUUCGAAAUCACACUGCACUACAUGAAUGGAAUUCUAAGCAAUGAGAUUAAAAUCAAAGAGGGAAAGUAGAUUGGCAAGCAAAACUUUUCAAGACCGAUGAAAGAUGAAAGAAGGAUGUGAUUUGAAUGUAAAAGCUUUUCACUUUUUUUCUUCUUCGUCUUAUUUAAUCUAUGAU